GCCGACGCUGGGGCGGUGGCAUGGCGGGGAGGCGGCAGCGGGCCCGUGUGCAGGGCGGCUGGGCCGGCGCCCCGGCGGGGCGGCCCACAGCACUUAAGGCAUCUGUGGCCAGCAAUCUUGGCCCCGCAGGCACUGGACCGGCAUGGAUGGGGAAAGAUCAGCCUCACACUCAAAAGCAAUUUGUUUUUGAAAAGCCAUCAGAGGUGGAGUGCAAAGUUCCUGAAGCAGGUGUGAUAGACAAGCCUGGUGUGUAUGAGCUUAGCAAAGCACCAACUGGCGUUUCUAGGAUUCAUUUGAUUCCUGGCUUUAUUGACUCAGAACAAGCAGACUGGAUGUUUGAACAGCUCCUCCAAGACAUACCCUGGGGUCAGCGAACUCACAUCAGACAGGGAGUCUCUUUUGAGGAACCAAGGCUUACCUCCUGGUAUGGAGAACUUCCUUACACAUACUCCAGGAUAACAAUGCAGCCAAACCCAAAUUGGCAUCCUCUGCUGACCAUGCUAAAGGAGCGGAUUGAAGAGUUCACUGGCUACACUUUCAACUCUCUUCUCUGCAACCUCUACCGAAAUGAGAAGGAUAGCGUAGACUGGCACAGUGAUGAUGAACCAUCGCUGGGAAAAAAUCCCGUCAUUGCCUCGCUCAGCUUUGGUGCUACCCGGACCUUUGAGAUGAGGAAGAAACCCUCCCCUGAAGAGAAUGGAGACUAUACUUACGUAGAAAGACUAAGAAUGCCACUUGAUCAUGGGACUCUGCUGGUGAUGGAAGGAGCUACCCAGGAGGACUGGCAGCAUCGAGUGCCGAAGGAAUAUCAUUCUAGAGAUGCACGGAUAAACUUGACCUUUAGGAUCAUUUAUUCAGAAGCUGAUGGAGUUUGGAAGUGAAGAGGCACUUUGGGCAUUUUUGGAUAUAGACCCACAGCAGAUCCAGAGCCUCAGAUUGCUACAGAUUUAAAGGAAGCCUUACAGGAAUAGAUUUCUGUGAAAUACCUGAUGUGGAAAAGAAUCGAUAUUAUGAAGAUCUUUGACAAUCAGAAGCUGCCUGUGUUAUGUGGACAGUGCUGUUUUGUUUUCAUAAGUGAUAUGCUAUUAGAUGAUACUAAAUCACAGGCUUAAGUUUGUGAAAAAGCAAUGAUUAUUCUUAAAAGAACACAAAGCACAUGAAAGAUCUGAGAGGUACUGACUGGAGCGGAAAGAUUCAGUGAGCAGUUAUUUUUGCACCUUCUCUUGUCUCCCCUUUCCCCCAAGUAGUGAUCUAUGUUCUAAGUAAUGACAGGACAGGAUUCUUCCAUGUGAAGCCAGCUGUACGUGUGCUGUGCGUACAGAAAUGAGAAAGCUGCACUUCACAGUGAUCUCAUUUCACAAAGGGAUAGAGCAUUGUUUUUCUUUGAAGGUUGCAAAGUCUUUUGCAAUGAAGCAAUCAGUUUCAUAAUUUAUAUAACUACUUGAAUUAUAAUAGUGUCUAGUAGAACAGAGGGUCAAAGCUCCCUUCUGCUAUGCACCGAGUGCUCAGACUUCAUCCUGUUUAUCCAUGUAGACGAGACAAACGACAGAGAGACCUUAGCCACCAGCCUCCUCAGCCAGACUGAAGCUGCCCGUUGCUUGAGUAUGAACAGUCCUCCAUCCCUGCUGCUUAAAACUGUUACCUCUGUGUCAUAGGCAGGAAAAUAGACACAAAAGAGAUGAAAAACGUUACUUUCAGAAUUCGCUAAUGAAAUUCUUACAUUUCUUUUUUGUUUUUCUUUUUAGCACAACUACUUUGCAGCUUCCAGUGAUUUCAGGUGGUACAGGAAAUGCCAAUGUCUCUAAAAAUGAGGCUUGUGCUGUCAGAUUUGAUACCCAGAAGAACCGGUCCAAAGAUUUGGAGCCGAUUUAUUAUAAUCACAAUGUAAGUCAGUUGCAAAUGUACACUAAGUAGAGUCUAGUAGCACCAGGUGUAGCACUCACUCUGGUGUUACUGCUCCUAGGUCAGUGCAUAUUGCAUUCAAGAAUAUUACUUGAAGGGUUAUCUCUUAAGCCUCUGCUGUUACAGAGAAACAGUCCAGCAGCUCAGACCUGAUUCUAGGUUGACUUGCUGGAUUUCUUCAAGUUUGCCCAUCCUAGAUAUGUCUCAGCUGUUGGUAGGGACUGCUGUCUGGGUGUUGUCAGGUAUGCUGCCUACAUGUUUAAGUUCUCACUGCAGCUAAAUGGCAUCCACUGUACUGGAUGAAAAUACAAGUUUGGUAUGUCUUCAUUUUCUGCCUGAAGUAGGAUCUAAGCAUGGGUAAAUAUCUCAUGCCUUGUAACACGUUAACAUUGUUAAACAAGCAAGAAUCCCUCUUCAGUCCAAGAAUUAGUUGGUGGUUAGAAAAUAUCUUUGUUUUCUUUCCCAGCAUCUGCUGUAGUUUAAAAUUCUCAUUUCAUGAGAACAGUCAAGUUGUUAAUACUCACUUAUGCCUAUGUUUUAAUGUUAUUGAUGACCUAAAGGACAGGCUGUUGAGCCAUUUCAAUCCCUGUGCUCUGAAAUUGAGCAGAAUUGUUUUUGUUGUAUAUCAAAAAACUCGUGAAGCAACCUCUCUAUCUAAAGCACCAUAUAGCUUUUGAAAUAGCUUAUUAUUCUAAAAUGAAUGAAUGUUAUUAGAAAACUUACUUCGCUAUCUAAUAAUGUCUUCACUUUCAUCCCAGUUUGUAUAGAAAUAUGUUUUUGGAGUAUAUUUAGUGGUAAUUCCUUGCAUUUGAAUUUAAGAUCUGAGCUCUGUGAUGUAUCUCCUGAGAAUUACUGUUGAAGGAGGCAGAUGCUUACUUUCAUGUUUAUGUUCAUUGGGUAACUGGAGCUUUGUGCGCAUCCCUGUAUGUGUGCCCAGGUUUGGCAGUCCUGACAGAGAGUGGUUUUCCUUAAGCAAGGGGCAGUGCUAAUUUCUCCAGGUAUUCUGACAAGGCAACACUUUAGCCUUUAUCAGUUUGUUCAAGCUACAUUUAUUUACACUGUGUUAAGAGUAGUCGUGCUGCAAGAGAGAGUAGGACAUGGGGACUAGACGGAAACUUCAAACCCCCAAACCUCAGCCUAUAGAAAUUACAAACCCAUUUGAAUUCAAUGAAGCUGGGCACAUGACUGAUGGUAGGGCCCUGGAGGCUGAUACUGUUGUGGGAGAACAGUUUUUCACUUACUUUCUUGGAUUCAAUUUAUAAUGUUAGCAAAUUUUGUUUUAGUUUCUUUACUUCCUUUGAUCUAGGAGAAGACCAAGGUUUCUUCCCUUAUAAAUAAAAUGAUUUAUAAGAGAAAUGCUGUACCCCAUGGAGCAAUCUUGGGUGAUACAUUUUUGUUGCAGGUGUCUACUAUGUUCUGCACUGGCUCGUGUGUCAACUGGGAGCGCUGCUUAUAUCCAAAUCUGGUUAACAGUGGGGAGAAGGCACUUGGCAUUGUUCCUCCCCCUGUCCUGAGUGCCCUGGCUGCAAGUGGAACAGUUGGCCUAGAGGUCAGGUUUCUUUGUCCACUGGGAACUCGUAGGUCGGUCCUUCCUCCCCCCACCUCCUCCCAAAAAAGUCACCUAGCCAGGUGGCAGCAGAUCGCAACCUCCUGUCUGCUGGGACAGCAGGAAAUGGCUUAGAGCAGAGGAGAUUCCAGCCCACAUCUCAGGAGAUCUUUCUGCAGAAACAUUUUUUCCUGUAGGUAGAAAUUUGUUCCUGGCUGCUGCAAUCACUCUUACAGUUCUCAGAACAGAUGUGUGCAAAAGUGAGAUUUGAGUCUGGUGGUGUUCUCGUGGCACCUAAAGAUUUUUCACUGGAAACCAGGGCAACUUCUAGUGCUGCUAUUCAGCUGUUUCUGCUGUUGUAGUCAAGCGCAGAGGGUAGCAUAUUUAGAAUGGUAAAUAUGUAGCUAGGUUCCAUUCUUUAACUUAAAGAUAUCUGGAGGAACCUCUCCCCUAGUUAUAUGGAUUUAAAAACAGUAUUUCUAGAAAUGCUACCUGAAAGAUUUAUUUUUCAGUUAUAAGGCUUUCUUCCCAGGAUGGUUUUGACAGUCCAAUUUUCCCAGCCAACAGUGUUUUGAAAAUAGGUUUAAACUCAGAAUACAUUACAUUAAUGUAAAGUAAAAUACAUCAUUUAUGUGAAAACAAAGGCUUAUAUGUACAUGGAGGAUUUGGGGGUGGGGGGUUGCCUAGGGUUUUUUUGGUUUUGCUGUUAUCACUAGACUCACUAAUCUACUCAUGGAGUAGUCUGGCCACAUGAGGUAGUGGAGCAGAUGCUAAGAGGUGCUUUGCCUACAGAGCGCCUGUGAAUUUUAUUUUCCAUAUUCCCUGUAUUCUUCCUGUGUCUUCCAAACUCCCUCUUGCUGCCUUUUCCUUUCCCCUGUCAUGUCCAUUGUCUUUUGUUCAUAUUUAUCUUUAGUUACCUCUCAUAUGUUCCCUGCUACAGGUUUAUUGAUAUUUUUUUACAUAGAAUAUAUAAACUGUGGGGCUACUUUUUUCCAGCUUCAUUCUGAAGUGUUAUUUUUCAGCAGAGUAUGUGUCUCUUCCACGAAGAGCUGGAAAAUUGCAUUUCUUAAAACUGUUUGUAGCCUUCAAACUAGUUAUCCCUGUUAAGAUUCCCUUUUAAGCUUUUCCAAAAUAGCCAUACCUUUUCCAAAACAUAAUGGCCCUCAGGCUUGAUGAUAAGGAGCAGGGAAGGCCUGAUGACAAGGAGCAGGCAGGAAGCUGUCUUCAGUAAGGAUGAAGGGUGGCCUGCGACUCUGAGGGAACAUGCAGGGUGGAGCGGUUCUGACUGGUUCCAUCAAAAAUACGUAACCAUUCAUUUAUUUAACACCUAUAUAAUUGUUAACAUUAUUAAUUAACCAUACCGGUGUGAGGAACUGCUCUGUCUCCAUGCUACUUGCAAUAAUCAUUUAAUCAGAGAAUACUUGAAUUCAAGCACAAACUCUUGAUAAGGUUAGAGUAUAUCCGAUUGAAUACUAUACUGUUGGGCCACGCCAGGUUGAUCUGAGCCACAUGCCUUUUAAAAUCAACAGCAAAAUUCUGUCAUUUCUCUGCUGUGUUUUUUUUUUAGGGAAAAAACCCCCACCUCUUUAGGAUUUUCAGUUUUGAUUAACUUUAAAGCUGCAGUUAAUUUUAUUCCUCCUGUGUCAGAUUAAUUCUAGCUAUGUAUUUUCCACUUACCAUGGCUGAUGGGGUUAAUAUAGCUACAUAUAGUAAUUUGUAGCUACAGUAGUAAUGUAGAAGGAGAUGGGGUGCCAGCAAGGGGUUAAGAAUCCAGAAUUUUCAUACCAUAGUGUUGACAAAGUACAGAAGACUGUUUUACUGGGGUUUGGGGUAGAAGAGGUAUGAUGGGUGCUGUGAAUCCCACAAUGCCUCCUUCUCAAGUGCUGCUACUAUUGACUUAGCUAAAAAGCAUUUAACACCCACUUUGCCUUUUCUGGUCAUAAACCUUUUCAGAGUGGGUAUUUAAUCUGCCCGGCUACAUUUUGUUUUCAAAGUGCUUCUCUUCCAUCCUUGAGGUUUCCAUAGCAACCUGGGCCAUUUGUUUAAGUUGGAGCUCACUGGCCUGUCUUUCCUGCACCUAACUUCUGCUGAGAUCUUGUGGGUAUUGAGUCCUCUUCUUAGCAUGCCUGAGAGUGAUGUGUAAGGGGUUUAUACAGGCUCAGCAGCGGUUGCUUUAAGAGUUCUGGCCCAGAGGCAGAGGGCCAGUUAUUUCAGCAAGUUGACAGAUGUGUGCUUUCUCCCCUGUUGCCCUAUUUAAUUUACCUCGUUCUUCGGUUGUGUAACAUUUAGUAUGACUUUGCAAAGUUAUUACAAGCUUCCUUGAAGAACAGGUUAGCUGGCAGGUCUUUGGCAGCUUGUGCUGGGAAGGCACAUCUUGGGAGAGCUAGGGGGCCUUGUUUUAAGUGAAGAAAGGGAGGACCAUAUUAAAGCAUUUUAAUUAGAAUAAGGAGUAAGGAGGUCUGUUGCAUGGCCCCCAUUUAGGUUUCCCAACAGAAACAAAAACUUUGUUCUGUUCACUCAGGAGGUUUUGCUGGCUGAACGAGACUUGGAGCAGAGUCUUCAUAUCACAGGGGAUCAUCCAGACAGACAGUGCUCACUGGAUCCAGAAUGAUUCUUAACUGAAAGUUGUUUAUGCCUAUAGCUGCACGUGCAGUUGCUUUGCUGUUCACAGGAGGGUGCAAUUUAUUCUUUCUCUCUAGUCCCAUGGUGGAGACAGCACAUAGAUCCAUGCUGAAGAGUGGGUUGACAUUACAGCUGAUCUCUUGAGUUA